CAGACAGAGGACUCGUUUGUUAACGAACCUCCUCAAGCGCAGAAAUGAAUGUCCUCGCUCAAACAUAGAGCAAAAAGAGAGUUAAACCGAAGCUUUUAAACGGGACGGAUCGGAACAUUACAGCAGAAUGAACUUUUAAUCCCGGACGCGAGAGUGUGCAGCACUUCACUUGUAACCAGGAGAGUAAGGUAAAGGCCAGCAGCUGCCAGUGUGGCGGGAGGAGAAUUUCCUGGCCUGAAUGCGAAUCGACUGCAGCUGUAGCAUGUCCACUGCAGGCUUGACUGCCCAGGAGAUCUGUUUACCCGCACAAAGCCUUUUCCUGCGGGCCAGCCAUUGGCAUAGCAUGGCCGGGAAAUACCUACACAACUUGUACUUCACCCUCGACUCAUCUAAGGAUUAUAACCUUCAGUCCCAGCAACAAGUCCCAUCUUUCUCAGAACGAGCUCGUCUUAAAUCCCCAAACAGCCCUGGAGUCCAACCCGUGCUCCCAAAGAAGUCCAGACCGACCCAGCUCACCUUGUCUACGUCUAGCCCUGUUGAGGAUGACCAAGUGGUUCCCUGCUUUCAACGUCUUACGGUGUCCGACCGCAACAGCCCUCCUCAAACGCCUAGCCGAGUCGCCAAACCUCUUCCCCCCAUUCCUGGCUCGGCUGAACUUUCACCAGAUCACGCUACGGACAGUGAGGUUGAGUUCUUCAACGGAGAUGACAAUCGCUGCCUUGUUUCCGAAACUUGCUCCAAACACUCUCCGUUUCGCUACGGAAUGCUCAGUAGACGGAGUUUAAGGGAUUGUGGACAGAUUAACUAUGCCUACUACGAAGGUCCAAUACCUCAGCAGAAGCAGCAGCCGCAGGUGCAUCCAAAGCCGCAGGUGCACCCGCAAGUGCAUACGCAGGUGCACCCGCAAGUGCAUACGCAGGUGCACCCGCAAGUGCAUACGCAGGUGCACCCGCAAGUGCAUACGCAGGUGCACCCACAAGUGCAUACGCAGGUGCACCCACAAGUGCAUACGCAGGUGCACCCACAAGUGCAUACGCAGGUGCACCCACAAGUGCAUACGCAGGUGCACCCACAAGUACAUACGCAAGUGCAUCCGCAGAAGCUGAGACAGGAGCGAGAAACGCAACAAAGGGAACAUCAUAACCCUCAACAGCAAAACUGUCUCCGACAGCAGGAACGUACGCAAAAGAAGCUGCGGCGCUCGAAUUCUGGCCCCCCUGUGUUUAAACAAACACCACCCCCUCCGUCUCGCCACUCACCAUCGCCACACGCAAGUCUGGAUAAACCGGAGGUUCCUCCCCGAGUCCCAAUUCCCCCACGACCGGUUAAAGACUACCGCCGCUGGUCAGCCGAAGUCCCGUCGGGGGCCCACAGCGACGAGGACAGACCUCCUAAAGUCCCUCCUAGAGAACCUCUAUCUGGGGGUAAUUCCCGUACCCCCAGCCCAAAGAGCCUUCCGGUGUACCUCAACGGGAUCAUGCCCCCCACCCAAAGCUUUGCACCGAACCCUCAAUACGUCAGUCUGCAGCGACAGAACAGCGAAGGCUCGCCGUGCAUUUUACCCGUGAUAGAGAACGGACGGAUAGCCAGUACGACGCAUUACUUCCUUUUGCCGCAACGGCCCGCGUACCUGGACAAACACGAGAAGUAUUUAACGGACAUCUCUGCGGGUCGAGGCGCCGACGUCUCGGAUUCGAGUUCGGACUGGGACUGUCAAAGCAAAAGGAAAACGACGCACCAGAUAGACUUGGUAUGAAAUAAGAAAACGCUUGACGCUCGAGCGAACCAUUACUCGAAGACUUUUCGCUGCUUUAUCGCAGGCAUUAUAGCUCCGUACAUGAGAGCGAGUUACAUACAGUUACUGGGAUUUCUUUUUUUGCUCUCGAAAUGGAAAAAGUUCUGACAAUUCGAGGCUCUCGGAACGAGCUCGGAAUUUAUUUUUUUAUAUAUAUAUUUCAUUUUUACGUGAAAUGUAAGUGUUGAAAUAACGUGGUGCAGUUGUUGGGUAUUAGCUGGUCUGGUACCUUCAUAGUUUCAGUGUUUUUGAGUGUUGUAAAUGACAUUUUAUGUCUCAGAGCACAUUUGUCUCAUCGUAGGGACUUAGGGUCAGUAAUGAUUUUGUACAUUUUGUGUUGUCUACCUUAUAUGAAGUAUAAAACGGCAUCUUUUGAGGCCUAAAUGAAGGGUAUUCCACCUGCAUGCAUAUUGCAUGAAAUUUGACACAUGCACACUGUUUAGCUGUUCUUCUGCCCGUGCCAGCUUUUGUGUUUGUGUGUUUGUCGCUUUUGCUUUGUGGCCCGUCUGUACAUCUUGUAGUUAGUUGUGAGCGUGUGUUACAUAGGAACAGCCUAAGUAUUGCUUUUCUGUUCCUGUGAUACAGGAGAGCUGAAUGUGUUACAUUGCCCAAUUUUUGGCAUUGCUUUUUAAGCUUCUGUAAGCUGCUUAAGACGGCAUUUGAAAGUUUUUCUUUCUGAACGAGUGGAGUAUUUCCAGUCCAGUUCUUUGUUGCACAAAAGGCGACUUUUAAAACCUGUGAAUGUGUUUCUGUCUUCGUUUUUUUACUGCUGUCUCCACGUGAAGCUGUGAGCCAUUGUCUGGAAUAGGAUUUUUUUUCAAGUACUACCUCCCCUCUAGUUGUUUUUGCAACAAUUUAACAAAUAUAAUAAUAAUAACCAUAUGUAACCGUACAAGGAAAUGCUUUUCUAUUGGAAACGGUCUGUUUAUAACACUUCCUCAACCAACGCGAAUCUUUGACCGAUUUUAAGCGCAGCGUGGAGUAAAGUCCACGCGUCGGCCGAGCUCACCCGCCGCGCGCGCUGAUCUCCUUGUUACUGUACGUGCAUUCCUGUUAGACGUGAUUACAGUGGGUGUGGGCACCAGAGACUUUGGCUGCUGGCAGCUGGUGAAUGAGAUGUUUUAUUAGUCUGUAUUGUUUCCAGAACCAUCGUGAUAAGUUAAUGUAGCAAGUGCCAUGCAAUUAUGAUGACAGAGGGAAUAAAAACAUGCUGUUUUGAAGAUUCGAGGUCAAGUUUAACUCUCCACCUCACGAAGGGAUUGAAAUUCAACUGAUGCCCUGUUUUAUUUUACUUUUAUAUUACCAGUUUGUGUAUCAGGAAAUGUUUACAUUGUGUUUUUUUUUAUUUAAUCUAUCACUAUGUCUUAACUGGAAUAAAUGAAGGCAAGUCCAAGAAGUAAUCGACAUCUCUGCUGUGGUAUACGUAUAUCUAAAUCUAUAAAGCGAAGUGCACUGAGAAAACAGUAUGUUGUGAUGUGUAAAAGUAUUUAACAUUGUCCUCUUACCCAAAACUGAUAAUGCUUAGUUGUAUUGUAUCCUCUAAAGUAAUAAAAAAUAAAUCGACUUAUUUAUGAAUCAA